GAAGAACACUACUUUUAAAAUUGUGUAGAAUUCUUACAAGUUUUGUAUAUAUAUAUAUUUUACUGCACUCGUUUGUGAAACGAAAAUAUGGGGCACAUCGAUGGCACAAAUAAACUGAAAGGCUUCGCUCGUCCCGCAUUCACCAGCGAACUGGCCUUCAAUAGCGUGGUGCCAUGGAGCAAUGAGAUCCAUCGACGCCACGGUGAGGCCAUCCAUCCGUGCAACGAUGCGAUGGACUUCCAUGCGUCGGUGUUUAGAAGUCUGGGUGCCGUGACGCGUGUGUGCAUUGGCACAUCAACAUUUUGGUGUACUUCGUCACUUUUGCAAUUUCAUAGCAACUAUUUUGAUCGCAACAUUUGUCCGGUGAAUUGCUUUCGCGAGGGCACCGACCUUAUUGCCGUGGGCUUUCGAGCUGCCUACACUUGGAUGAGACUGCAGGAGCCACUGGAUCCAUUCAUGCAACCAGAUAAACUAAUGACGCUCCUGCACACAGCCGUCCAGCUGGAGAUGCCGGCACUGAAAGCAUUGUGCUAUGAACAACUGUGCACCGAUCGCUUUCGCGAGGAGACCGCCUUUCAGGUUUACUUGAGGGCUUUGAAAUAUCCGCAACUCGAGGAGCUGCGCAAACUGAUGCUGCAAAGGAUCGGUGCUGCUUUUCUGGCCGUGCUGGGUGGUGAUGAUUUUCAGCGAAUGCCUCUCGAGGAUGUGAUUACCAUGCUGCAGCAGGACUCAUUGGGUGUCAAUUCGGAAAUGGAGGUGCUUGUGGCCAUUAUAAGAUGGCUGAAUUGUCAAUCGAAAUGCAUUGACCAGGCGACGCCACUAUUGAUGGACUGCCUUCGGCUGACACUCUUACCACUGCCAAUUUUGAAAAGAUUUUGGCGCUGUGCCAUGGCACCACCGGUGCCCGACGAGCCCUUUAUGAACGCUGUUCGUGGCAAUAUUCACAUUCGUGAGAGGAUCAGCUGUGCAAUUACUGUGGUCCAAAUGCACCAUUUGCAUACAAGUCGUCGUGAGUUUCUCGACUUCUGUCGCUCCAAGGGCUUGCUGGUCGAUAUGCCCAGGGAGUGGAUAUACGAUGAGCAGUGCCAUUAUCAUUUGCCGCGACCUGGUGGUCCCUACUCUCAUCUUAUCUGUGUUCAUGUCAUUUCGAAUUAUGCGAUACAAAGGGCUCAGCGUCUAAUGGAAUCCUCAAAGCGUUGGCCCAGACGUGUUAAUACAUACAUGCCGCCGUCCGAUGAUCUACAGACCAUCAAUGAGCUGCCCGAGGACAAGGAUGAGGAGGCGCAGGUGUCAGUAGAGCCAUCAGCGCCAGAAAUGUCCGAAGGUCUACCGCAGCCCGAAGAGGAUGAUUGUUUCAUUGCUCGCCUCUUUCGUGGCACACUAUUGCGACUGAACGAAGUGAUGGCCGCGCAGGACAGAAAUAUUGAGCGACGCAUUGACAAUCUUAUACGUGAUGGUACAUUAAGGCCCAGGUUUAUACCCAACGCUAUGUCGAGAUUUGUAUUGCCAACAGCAAUGACUUGUGCUGCACAGGAAGAUCUUCAAGAAGAUCUCUUUCUCCAAACCGAUUUCUAUUCGAGCAACCUGGACGCCAUCGAUGCGUAUUUUUUUCUUCAUGUCUGUCGAAUGAGGCAGUUGGUCCAGCCGAAAGUUGUAGUUCCUAUCGAGAAAUCGUCCGAGGAGAGUGUGCGUCCCAUGGAGAGCUAUGUGCUCGAAACCGACCAAAUGAUCAAAGUCCUAGGCUUUUAAAUGUAUAUGAACAUAUAUAUAUAUAUUUCGCAUAUGAGAAACACACAUACUCCCCCCCCCCCUAACCACACCCAUUACACCCUUUAAAUUACAGUUAACAAAAUGACAUAAUAACAAAUGUUCGAUUGAAAUGCCUCAAAAAUGUAUAAGAUCGAUAAGAUUGAUUGGCAAAUACAUAUGUACAUAUAUAUAAAAUU